UAUUCUGUAGAUGUAGAGGAUUACCAUUGUCUGUGUUUACGAUAAGAUCACAGACAUGUUUGUGAAGUUCUUAUUUACCAUAUAUGUGGCCGGAAUCCUCGGUCAUUCGGUUGGAAACCAGCUUGACCAAAGCAAUCCAAUGCUACAUAUUUCUGACCGUGACAAUGGAUAUCCAAUUCCUUCGGAACUGCAGGAUUUUGUCUCCAUCGUUUACCAGAAGAUUCAGGGUAUGGAACGUCUACUGACAGAGAAGGAUGAACGCAUGAAUCAACUGGAAUCAAAAAUCGCUACUCAGAUGACGGAAAUAAUGUCGCUAAAACAGGGGAUAACAUCACUGGAAGAAGCAAUCAUACUGAAGGAUGAAGUUGUAGAUACGUUGUCGACAAGAUUAUCGGACAUGGACACAAAAGCGAGAAUUUAUUCCGCUUAAGUACACCAUAAUUCGCAAAAUGGCACUAAAAUGUCGACUCAUUCCAACAAACAUAUCUCAGAUGGCGAUAACUAUCUCAAAAAUCAGUCUGACGAGGACAGCAAUGUAGCGCAAGCAGAGAAAGAGGCGGAAACAUUAUCGACAGCAAAGUUCUCAGAAUGCCCACAAAAACGUGUCGCCCCGACUAACAGAACUGCCGUAGCAUUCCAUGUGACCCUUUCAAAAAGAACAACUGUCACAAAUAACGACGUCAUAGUAUAUGAUUUCGAGACACUAGACCAGGGUGACGGAUACAACCCGAGGGACGGGCUUUAUAUCGCCCCGGAGUCGGCCACAUAUGUCCUCACAUGGACCACAAUUUGCAAUCCACAUAAUUAUUUCAAGACUCUGCUUGUGGUGAAUGGGGCAAUACGGGGAACGUCAUGGACAGAUUCACAAGAAAUAAAUGAUUAUCAUCAAACUACAGCUGUCAUCGUACUGACAUUGAACCAGGGAGAUCAUAUCUUUAUUCGCAUGGGGCCUACAAACGGACACGGAACAAUAGUAAGCGAUAACAUUGUCGGGUAUUCUUCCUUCUCAGGAUGGAAACUUGACUAGCGAAAGAAAAACAAAUCAGAAAUUUCGGGAUAUUCAAGGAUGAACUUUUUUAUACGUUUGUAUUGAAUUUAAUCCUUAAAGUUUAACCUACUGUACAUCCCUGUGUUAACAUAUUUGCUUUUGGUUGACAUUAUUGUAUCGCGUUGCUAUUAAACUACUAUAAUUACCUAUAAUAUACAUACGCUGCAAUUAUUUCUUUCCAAAAGAUAAAAACCUGAUUUUCUUAACAAAUCUGUUUAAAGACACAAUAUCAUUAUCUGGGCUAGGUGAAUGCACCGAAGGUUAUACUUGUUAAAAACAGGGUAUAUGAAAAGCCAAAUCUUUUGUUUAAAAAAAUCUGAAAACAUUGCUUUUGCAAAACAAUAUCUACCAUGCUAAGAGAUUGAUGAUCUGUUGGAAUUAAUUACCAAUAAUCUUUGUAUCAUUGAAUACAACAUAGAUUAAAUAUCAUC